AUGGUCUUCUAUCUCUCUUUGAUGUCCCUCGUUCUUUCCACCGUCGCUCGCGCUCACAGUGUCGCCCUCCUACCAUCCGCGGCUUCGUCCUCGUUUCCCUCGUGUGGCUUGACCUGCUCCGUCCUAAAGGAGGCCCAGGACCACUGCCUGCCACCCGUCGCCCCCGAGACCGAUUCUGCGACCUACCUCUCGUGUUUUUGCCAGUCGAACCUGCUCACCCAAAUUCAUUCCCCGACCGGUGUCUGCACGGAGAGUUGCACCAGCGCGUCCGACCGUUCGUUAAUACGGACAUGGUAUGACGAACUCUGCUCGUCCGAGAGCACCCUCUCGGAGCGAGACAUGUCCGCAUCCAUUUUCCCGAGGGAUUCGCGCUCCCAGGCCUGGUGGACGACGCACUACCAGUGGGUGAUCAUGAUCAUCGUCCUUGUGGUCGCAUUUUCCGUCAUCACCGUCGUGGGCAUCUGGCUUAAACGCCGCCACGAUCGGAAAUACCCGGGUCUCUACCAUGCCGCCGGAACUGCUGGGACGGACAGCGCACUGUUGGCAGCCCGUCAGCAGGACGCUAGUCCCUCCCCUGGACCGGGGCCUCCCGCGCAGGGCGCGUUCAGGCCUGGUCGGUACGAUACUGCGACCAACUCCGAGUCCAUCGCCAGCAGUUCCCGCACGAAUGUCGCGGCGCCCACGACCCGACCCGGCCGGACGCCAUCGCGUUUACAAAAGACUCAGCCCGUCCCGGAAGGCGAUAUCGAAAUUCGCGAAGUUGCCCGAUGA